AUGGAAAAUUUUGAAAGCACAGAAUUUACUUCAUCAAACUUUGAAGAUUGGCUCGCAAAUAAUUCCCAAUCAACAUCAUCUGCAAUUAUCAUUGAUCUAUCUAGUCAAUCCACCAUUCGAUGUGGAAAGACAAAUAUCAUGGAAGAUAGACCAUCCCGAUCAUUCCGUAAAAUUAAUAUUCUUCAUGAUGAUGAUAAUGAUGCUGAAGGAAAAUUAGUAAAAUAUUCGGAAGAACUCAAAUUAAAUAUUUCAAAGGCUUUGGAAGUGUUGAAUAUUGAAAAGGAUAAUAAUUUGGAAUCUGUUUUGAUUAUUGAUUCUCCAUUGGAUCAUGUUGAUGAUUUGAAAAGGAGAGAAGUGAUUUGUAAAGUCUUGUUUGAAGAUUUCAAGAUUUCUCACUUGUCGAUUCAAGAUGCUGCUUAUAUGAGUUUGGUUGCAAGUGGAGUGGAGUUCAUGUCUGGAUUGGUUGUUCAUGUUGGAGAGAAUUCUUCGUAUGUGAUUGCUGUUGUGGAUGGCCAAGUGAGAAUGGAUUCACUGUGUAUUGGAAGUGUGAGUGGAAGACACUUGACAGAAAAGUUAAAGAAUUCUUUACAGAAACAUUUUGAAAAGCACGAUUCGAAUAUCUUUUCAGAUGAAAUUGUGAAUAGACUCAAGGCAAAAUAUGUGAGUGCCACCUGUGAGAAUUUCCCACUUUAUGAGAGUUUCAAUGUGACUGAUACAGUGACAAUUAACAUUGGAGAAUGUAAGGAAGAAUUCAAACAAGUAUCUGAAAUACUCUUUACCAAUAAUUGCUCAUCUAUUCCACAAUUGGUCAAGGAAUGCAUUACUAAAAUUAAUGAUGAUUCUCUCGAUCUUUCCAAUAAUAUAAUUCUCUCUGGAGGAACAACCAUGAUGAAUAAUUUUACCGAACGAUUGAACAAGGAAUUGGCACUUUUACUUGAUGAGAUUACAUUUAAUGAGAUGUCUGUUAAAUGCUCUGACAGAGCAAUUUUGAGAUAUAUGGGAGCCAAUAUUUUAACAUCAGUACCAGAGUGGGUAACUCCUUAUUGUGUGAGUAGUGAAGAUUUCAAACAAGACGGAUCCGUUUGCAUUGUUGAUAAGAGAUCAUGGGAUGUCAUGUAUUCGUCACCAUUUAGUGAUGAACAAUUUGGAUUUUAA